AUGAAAAUACUCAGUUGGAAUUGUCGGGGUUUAGGGAGGGCUCCGACAAUUCGUUCUCUUCUUCACCUCUCUAAACAAGAGAAGCCUGAUGUGGUCUUUCUCAUUGAAACAAAGUGUGGACAGCAGAGAGUGGAACAACUUAAGAGAAGGCUCUGUAUGGAUGACUCCUUUUCGAUUGACUCACACAGGGCAUCUGGAGGUUUGGCAUUAUUUUGGAAACAACAUAUUGAUCUGGAAAUUCUCUCUUCCAAUCGCCAUUUUAUUGAUUCAAUGGUCAAGCUGGAUAAUGGAAUUGCUUUUUUCUUAACGUCAGUUUAUGGAGAUCCAGUGCGAGAAAAUAGGCAACAAGUGUGGGAUCAACUGAUGCAACUGGGGGUUGAACGACAAUCAGACUGGAUGUGUCACGGCGACUUUAAUUCUUUUCUAUCUUGGAGAGAAAAAGAAGGAGGCAACCCUACUGAACCACGAGACACGGUUGGUUUCCAAAAUCUAGUGGACAGCUGUGAACUACUGGAUCUUCCCACUCAUGGUCCUCUCUUUACCUGGAAUAAUAAGAGACGGGGUGCAGCCAAUAUUCGCAUCAAACUUGAUCGGGCCCUAGCAAAUCAGUCAUGGCGGUCUUCUUUUCCUGAUGCAGCAGUUUACAUACGGUCUUCAACAAACUCGGAUCAUUGCCCAUUAAUUAUUGAUUCUGAGGGGGGUAGAUUCAAAGGCCAUCGCCCUUUCAGGUUCGAGUCUAUGUGGUUCCGCCACCCUGAUUGCAAACCAACUGCCAUAUCUGCUUGGUCUUCUCCUAUCAGUAAUACAGAGAAUCCUCCUCUAUUCCAAAAAAUGGAAAAAUGUAUACCAGUUUUCAGGAAAUGGAAUAAAGAGGUCUUUGGACAUGUACAGACCAAAAUCAAGAAACUAGAAGAGGAAUUGGUCUUGAUUCAAAGUGGUCCUAUCACUGAUGACAACCAAGUAAAGGAACAUGAUCUCUCAGCUACCCUUAACGAGGAAUUGAAAAGGGAAGAGGAACUAUGGCGCCAAAAGUCAAGGAAUCAAUGGCUACAACAAGGAGACAGGAAUACAAGUUUCUUCCAUUUAUCUACCAUCCAGCGACGAGGAAGCAACCGAAUUCUUCGAUUAAAGACAGAGAAUGAUGCUUGGACCCAAUCAGAUGAUGAAAUUUAUCAGGUUAUAAAUGAGUAUUACACUCAAAUCUUUCAUUCUGAAGGGGUUGAUCAAGAUGCCUUAUCUUUUGUUCUGAAUACCAUUCAGCCUAAGGUAACAGAAGAAAUGAAUGUUCGGUUGUGUGCUGUCCCUACUAUGGAGGAAGUUGCAUUGGCACUUAAGGCGAUGGGCCCCCUCAAAGCUCCUGGUCCAGAUGGUCUGCCACCUGCUUUCUUUCAAAGGUUCUGGGAUUUUACCAAAGAAGAUGUGUACUCAUUCACUUGUAAUUUCUUUCGUACUGGUUCACUUCCUUUACAUUGCAAUGAUACUCUUCUAUGCCUUAUUCCUAAAUGUACUAAUCCUGAGACUGCAGAUCAGUACAGACCCAUUAGUCUAUGUGCGGUGGUGGUCAAGAUAGUCACAAAGAUUAUGGCAUCCAGGCUAAAAGAUGUUAUGGAAAUUUUAGUCUCAACUGCCCAAUCAGCUUUUAUACCAGGGCGUUCUAUCUCAGACAACAUCUACACUGCACAUGAAGUUUUUAAUUAUAUCAAUAAAAAAAAGAAAGGCAAGCAGAUGUUUCUUGCCUUGAAGCUGGACAUGAAGAAGGCGUAUGACAGGGUGGAAUGGGAGUUUCUUGAAAAGGUUCUCCUCCAAUAUGGCUUCUCCUCUCAUUGGGUUACUAUGGUUAUGUCUUGUCUACGUACGGUCACUUACAAGCUCUUGAUUAAUGGAGCAGUGCGAGGAACAGUUAUUCCAACUAGAGGUAUUCGCCAGGGAGAUCCUCUCUCCCCAGCACUCUUCAUCUUAUGCUCUCAGGCUCUCAGCAGUGUGAUCUCUUUGUCUCAAAGAUCUGGUCUUCUAAGAGCUUCACAUUUUAAGCUACCGAUCACCCAUCACAACCACCUUAAAAAGGCAGCUACUAAAUUUUAUUGGGGUGAUGGUUCUGAUAAGAACAAGAUUCAUUGGAUUUCGUGGCUUCGAUUGUGUCACUCCAAAGAGAGAGGAGGAUUGGGUUUUCGUGACCCCACACUUCACAACAAAGCUUUAUUAGUGAAAGUGGCAUGGAGGUUUUGGUAUGAACCUGAUACAGCAUGGGCAAAAUUCAUGAAGUCAAUUUACUUUCCAAAUUGUGAGUUCUUGAAUGCAAAGUUGGGUACUAACCCAUCUUGGGCUUGGAGGAGCAUAGUGGUGGGCAGAGAGGUUUUAAGAUCCGGUUUAAUAUGGCGGAUUGGUACGGGAGAGAACAUACAUAUCUGGAAGGAUAAUUGGUUACCCUCUUUGCCAGGUUAUAAAUUACAUCAUCCGCCAUUAGAGGACUGCCCCUUUACUCAUGUUUCUGAGUUCAUUGAUCCUCAAAGCCGCUGCUGGAAUAGGACACUGAUCGACAGGGAUAUACAUCAUUCUGAAAGACCCGCUAUUUACCAAAUCCAAAUAAGCUUAUUUGAGACUCAGGACAAACAGGUUUGGGGACCAACAAAACAAGGUCUUUUCACAGUGAAGAGUGCAUAUCAUUUUCUCUGUAACAUGUGGACAGAGAAGGAGUUGGAGCGGCCAUCCUCAUCAACCAGUCAUCGAUGGCGGGAGGUUCCAACAGAUGUUUGGAAGGCCAUUUGGAACUGCAGCACCUUACCAAAGGUUAAGAAUUUUCUAUGGAGAGCUUGUGCAAAUGGCCUAGCUCGGCCUUGA